GGAGGAAGGGAAGGGAAGGGAGUACGGGAGCAGGGCAAUGGCGUCCGAGGAAGAAGGGCCUCCCGAGGGGCCCCUGCCGGAAGUGGAGGGCCUGCUGCCUUCUCCCUUCCCGCUUUCGCGUAGCCGCUCUUCCAGCCUGAGCAGCACCGGCUCCGGAGGAAGGGCCCAUCUCCGGCAGCGCGUGGCCCAGCUCAUGGCCUGCGUGGAAGACGUCAGUUCCGGGGACGAGGAGGUCCAAGAAGAGGUCUCCCGCACCCUGGACGAGGCCUUCCUCCUCUGUGGCAGGAAGACCCGCCACCGGGACAGGAAGGGCAGGCCGCUCAGGCUGCACCUAGUCACCUGGAAUGUGGGCACGGCCUCCCCACCGCCGGAGGUCACCUCCCUGCUCCAUCUCAACUCCCCGGAGCCUUCGGUGGACCUCUAUGUCAUUGGUUUGCAGGAGGUGAACUCCAAGAUCGUGACCUUCCUCUCGGACAUGGCCUUCGAUGACCCCUGGAGCAGCUUCUUCAUGGCGGUCCUCUCCCCACUGGGCUUCGUCCGGGUGUCUUCUAUCCGAAUGCAGGGCCUUCUCCUCCUCGUCUUCACAAAGCAGGCACACCUUCCGUUCAUCCGCGAUAUCCGGAGCCAAUUCACCCGAACAGGCCUCUACGGCUAUUGGGGGAACAAGGGGGGCGUCACCACACGCAUGUCCCUCUAUGGCCACUCGGUCUGCUUCCUAAACUGCCACUUGCCGGCCCACAUGGAGAACACAGAGCAGCGCCUGGACGACUUCGAGCACAUCCUUGACAUGCAGCAGUUUGACGGCGAGAGCAUCCCUGGCGUCAUGGAUCACGACAUCGUUUUCUGGUUUGGAGAUUUAAACUUUCGGAUUGAAGACUACGGGCUGCAUUUCAUCCGGGAAUCAAUCAACAAGAACCGCUUCAGUCUCUUGUGGGAGAAGGACCAGCUGAACAUGGCAAAGAAGCGUGAGGCCAUCCUGCAGGAAUUCUCAGAGGGGCCCCUGAAGUUCAAGCCCACUUACAAGUUUGAUCUCUACUCCAACGAGUACGACACCAGGGGCCAGAAGAUGUUCAUUUUGUUUAACGGGAAGAAGCGGAAGCCAGCUUGGACGGACCGGAUCCUCUGGAGAGUGAAGCACCUCUUGCCCCAGGAGUCAGAGGCCAGAGAGGAGGAGGAGGAGGAGGAGGCAGACUCAGCGAUAUCUGUCUCCCUCAAGAGCUACGUCAGCCACAUGAGUUAUGGCAUCAGCGACCACAAGCCGGUCACCGGGACUUUUGAGCUUGAGAUGAAGACACUGGUGUCAGAUCCGCUAGUCAAGAUACGUCCGGUGGGCAACUGGACAGCUGAACAAGAUGCCAUGGUCAGUUACUCCACAGCUCCUGACUUCCAGAGCAGCGCUUGGGACUGGAUCGGCCUCUAUAAGGUGACAUUCAAGCACCCCAAUGACUAUGUGAUGUACGCCUGGGUGCAGGACAAUGAGAUCUCCUCUGGGGACGAGGCCAAGCAGGUCUACCUUGGUGCUGAGGAGCUUCCUGCCUCCGGAGGAGAGUUCCUGUUGGGCUACUUCAGCAACCAGAUGCAGUCCCUCGUGGGGCUCAGUCAGCCCUUCCAGAUCCAGCCGAACAGAACUCUGCCCGAGAAGGACCCCUUCUGGGACGGGAUUGAAGAGACGGAGAAGCCGUGCAACGAGAAGGCUCCCUGUGACUUUUGAAGAAGGGCGCUUGUGGGGAUGCUUCUUGCUCUGCCCUGGGAGGGGGAGGAGGGGUACGGAUGGACGGACUCUCUUUCCACUCAGAACAUGUUUCCUAGGAAAUAAAUACCCCCACUCGCUCUUGUACUGGGCAGAAGCUGGGCCACAUUCGGCAGUGGAGGGGCCUCCAUCCAUCCCCUUUGGGCUUCCAAGAGGGACAACGAGCGCCAGGUCCCUGUGUCCAAAGCUGCCUCUUGACCCCUCUUUUCAGGGGAUGUUUUAGGAACCAGAUGAUGUUAGCAUUCCAGUUUCCAAUUUUAUAGGAAUGUACCUAGAAUUUAUGCGAGGAGCAGAAGUACAUAUAUUAUUACUGUUACAGUCUGGCUGAAAAGAAGCAAUCCUAGGUCAGCAGGAGAAUGUGGAGAGGGUGAAAGGGAGCCUCAGGGUUGCUUGGUGGGUUCUCUUAUAGCUUUGGUUGUCUUUGUCUUCCUUGUCUUAUAUGGUAGUCCUGAUCCACUGGAGCCCUUCUGAGAUAAGAAGCAAUCACUUGUCCUUCUGCUUGGGCUUCCUUUUUAGUCUGACACAUUUAGGAAAAAGAUGGACAAUGCUCCUUCUCUCUUUCUUUCAUGCAAUCAAGGCUGUGAAACAAUCAGCCAUGUUGGCACCGUCCCUACACCAGUCCAAAAUGCCCCUUUGGCCAGUUUCAGUGGCACUAGGCUAAGGAAAUCCUGCUGUGAUGCCAUACCCUUCAUGCCCACAAUACCGUUGUCCUUUCUCACGAUUCAAGGCAGUAGUCCAUAGACUAGUGCUUGCCCGAUGUGUUGCCGAAUGCGAUUAUGUGGCUAGUUGUCAGAAAAAGAAGAAACCAGGAGAGAGAACCUCCAUGUCAGGAAGAGAAAGUGCACCAAUUCACUAAUGGAAAAAGUCAGAGAUGGCUUGAGCCCAAAUAUUGAGUGUUGCACAUGCAAUGGCAAAAUGGAAAAGAGGAAGGAGACUUUCCCGGAUCCGAUAUGGACAAGCAGACCUUAACUCUUCGACGUCUCAACCUAUGGGUUCUGGACUGGGGCAGCUUGACCCUCGACGCUUUAGCACUUCUUCUGAGAGGGAAGGACAUUGUGGAGGAAUGUUUGCAUGGAUACAUUAAGGAUUUUAGGUUACAUGAACUUUUAGGUUACAUAAAGUGCUGCUAGAUUUUUAUGCAAAUGGGUCCCAAGAGUUGACUCCUUAUGUGCCGGGUGCAGGUCAACAUGAGUCUUAGCAUUAUAGCUGGUAAAGGAAAUGCCUUGGCAGCAAAUGGCCUCAGAGGGUAGUAUGAGGGUGCUCCUGUUACUUAUUGAUGCACCUACCGAUGGGUUUAUAUGCCUUUCAACAAACACCCCUUAGACACACCCGAGUGCCAUUACUAACAAACAAUUCCUCGCUUUGUUUACGAUGACAAAUCUGCUUCAUCCUUUACGGGAUUUAUUUUCUUUUUUAGAGGACUGUGGCCAUCCAGUUUAUUUCAUUUUAUUUGCUUCAGAACUAGUGUGAUGUCAUCCACUCUAACAUUUGUGUGUAUUACAGUAGAAUCUUGUUUAUCCGACCUUCAUUUAUCCAACACUCGUAUCUGACGCCCCCUUUUCCUCCAGUAUUUCCCCUUCAAUUAAAGGAGCGCUCCCCAACACUCUCUCUAUUUCCAAUACAGUAGAGUCUCACUUAUCCUACCUCCGCUUAUCUGACAUUCUGUCUUAUCCGACAACCACCCUUUUCCUCCAGCAUUGCUCCCCAACUCUCUCUCCAUUCCCAAUGUGAAAAAGGCAAGACGAGGAGGAGGAAGGAAAGAGAGAAAAGAGGCAGGACCGGAAGCGGAAGCGUCCUCCCUCCCUCUCUCUGUGAUUUCCACGUUCCUCCACGCAUCCGGGCACUUCUUGCUGGGCCGCUUUGACCCGUGGCGUUGCCUUGCCUUAACUCUUUGAGUCCCUGUUGUUAGUAUUCUAGGUGUCCAGCGCUGUGUCGGACGGGUCACAGGAGACUCUAUAUUAUCUGACAUUUUGUUUAUCUGACAUUCUGCCAGCGUGUUUAUGUCGGAUAAGCAAGACUCUACUGUGAAACUAUUUGCCAAAAUUAUCCAACAUUUUGAUUUAUCCAAUGUUUUGCCAACCCGGUUAUAUUGGAUAAGCGGGACUCUAUUGUAAAGGAACAUAUGUAAGAAGGGCCUGGUAGUCUUUCUACUAUCACACCCUGCCCAUCAGCGCUGGUUAGAUGUAUACUUUUUUCUGCCCUUUUGACAUGCCAAAGAUUUUUGUGGUAUUCAGAGGGCCGAGAGAAUUUGAUGGUGGCAAGGCCUUGUGGAGACGGGUUCAUACACCAGGUCCCACCAGGUCCAAUGCAAGUGGCACAAAUGGGAGAAUCUAUAGCACAAAGCACAGCUGUCUGCUCCCUUUGUUGGGGACGAAGGAUGCCCCACAUCCCCAGUUGCUUCUGUAUGUUAUUUGGAGGGCUGCCUCUUUAAAGAAGGCCUGUAUACACAUUCCAUCAAACACUUGGCUUCCUUCGCUGACUUACUAUUUGUUCCUGGGUAUAUUUUGAAAAUGCUUAAAUUUCACCUAAGGAUUACUGCCUUCAGGCCUCUGAGAUCCCAGUCCUGGUGUCAGAAGGUAGGCAGAUGAUGAGGCCUCCUUUGUGAUAGUACCUUUUGUCCUGUAGUCACCCAUUGCAAAGUGUUUUGUUUACUUUGCCGAUAUCUCUUUUCUGUUUGCUGCUUCGUUUUAGAUUUAAGCUAAACCCCGAAGGGGUGCUCCAUGAUUAUGCAGAUUAAAUCAACUUCUCUUGUUCCAA